UCACACUACUUUCUGCCCUGCGUCAUCGAAUUUACGCUGAGGAAUUCUGGCUGGAAUACGAACGUCCGAGCUGUUUACGAUUAAAUGGUGUACUCCAAUGUGCUCCAAGAUGUUUCUCCCUGUAACGUUAGUUGGCGUUUCAGUCGCUUUGGCUGUCCCUAUUGAAGGAACAGUUAAAGCAUAUUCAAAGCAUCGACUUGUGUUAGCGUAUCUCUCUUCGCCGGAGACAUUCGCCGUUGCUAAAGCGUUUGGUGCGAAUGGCCAACUUGACCUGUGGACGAAUGUGCCACAAAAUAACACGAUUAUGUUUUCUGUUGCCCCCGAGUAUUUUUCCAAGGUCGAAUCCACUCUUGUGAAGUCCAACAUUAUGACCGAAGUUCUCGAGGAGGAUCUUCAAAAGCUUAUCGACGAUGAACGCAGCGGACAGGUUUAUCGUCUGAUGUCGCGCCGACCGUUCGAUCUGCGAAAUUUCGAGACGUACGACCAGAUUGUAGCUUCGGUAGACUACUAUGCCAGCGUACCGCACGCUUUUGCCGAUAUCAGUCGCUUCGUCAUUGGAAAAAGCUACGAGAGCAGAGAGAUCAUCGGCAUCAAAUUCUCAAACUCCGUCACGAAAAAACCCAUCAUUUUUAUCGAGUGCGGUAUUCACGCCCGUGAGUGGGCUUCCAUAUCGACUUGCCUCUACAUGAUCCACCAGCUUGCCACUAAUCAGGAAACACACAAGGACCUUUUGGAUAGGUUCGAGUUCCACAUUGUUCCCUCGGCCAAUCCUGACGGUUAUGAGUACACCAGGACAUGUAAUCGCCUUUGGAGAAAAAACCGAAGCUGUCAGACUGCUCACUGUUUUGGGGUCGAUCUCAACCGUAAUUUUGAAGCUGGUCCUCAUUGCGGCUUAGGUACAGAGAGUGAUCCCUGUUCGGAUAUCUAUUGCGGUUCGAAACCGUUCUCUGAGCCGGAGACUAUGGCUAUUCGCAAUUACUUAGCCGGGAUCAAGGACCGUGUUGACUACUAUAUUUCAAUACACGCCUUCGGCCUUGCGUGGAUGUUCCCGUACUCUGUAAUGUACGAACAUUGCAAAGAUCAUCAAGAACUUCUCGAAAAGGCUAAAAUUGGUGUUAACGCGAUCAGAGAAAAAACAGGUACUGUAUACAAAUACGGACCUAUAGCGACGACCUUUUAUCGUGUGACUGGUUCUUCGACUGACUGGGCUUACAUUAGCCUUGGAAUCAAGAAAUCCUACGUACUCGAAAUACAGCCGGCGUUAAGCGCUGGUGGGCGUGGAUUUCUCUUGCCGAAGGAAAAGAUUAUCCCUGUGGGAGAGGAGACCUUUGCUGGUCUUAAGGCCAUAUGGCUUUCCAUCAUAGUUCAGUGGCCUGCUCCGUAUCCUUCUGCGAUGGUCCGUGUCUCCGUUUUAGCUAUAAUUGGAAUUUCGGCCACUACGGCCAUGUUUCAAGAUGAGACACCUAAAAGCUUCACUAAGCAUAGACUAGUGUUCGCACAACUUCCCUCGCUAUGGACAUUCAAUGUUGCCAGAUCACUCAACGAAAAUGGUCUACUUGAAUUAUGGCAUGAUUUGCCCCGUGAAGGGUCGAUUCUAUUCUCGGUCGCCCCGGAGCAUUUUCCUGAGGUUCAAUCAACAUUCAACAAGUCUAACUGCGUUUUGAAAGUUAUUGAGGACGAUCUCCAGAAGGUAAUUGAUGAGGAACGAACCGGGUUGACGUAUGCCCUAGGUACGCCUCGGUCUCUUAAUCUCCGACAGUUUGAAUCAUAUGACCAAAUCGAUGCAUCGAUUAGCCAUUACGUCAAUGAGGCGGGCUUCCUGGGUCACAUCAAUCGUUUUGUAACUGGCAAAACCUCUCAAGGACGUGAAAUCGUCGGCAUCAAGAUCUCAAACUCAAUAGAAAAAAAGCCUAUCAUUUUCCUUGAGUGCGGCAUCCACGCUCGUGAAUGGGCUUCCACAUCGAGCUGCCUUUACAUAAUUGACGAGCUCGUGCGCAACCAGAACACACACAAGGACCUAUUAGACAGGUUCGAGUUUCAUAUUAUUCCUUCAGUGAAUCCUGAUGGCUACGAAUAUACCCGGAUCCAGAACAGGCUUUGGCGAAAGAACCGAAACCCAAAGAAGUCAAAUUUUUUGUACCGUUGCUUGGGUGUUGAUCUUAAUCGGAACUUCAAGUCUGGUCCCCACUGCGGUGUUGGCACCGAGAAGAAUCCAUGCUCAGACAUCUACUGCGGCUCAAAUGCCUUUUCUGAGCCUGAAACUGCUGCCCUCCGUGAUUAUCUGACUGGAAUUAAGGACGAUGUUGAAUACUACGUAGCUGUGCAUGCGUUCGGCUUAAUGUGGAUGUUCCCCUACUCUUACACAACAGACCACUGUCCUGAUCAUGACGAUCUAAUGAGAAGGUCUAAGAUCGCUGUCGAUACAAUUAAGGCUACAACAGGAACACAAUACAAAUAUGGACCCACUGCUGAGACCAUUUACGCUGUAACAGGCUCUUCAGUUGAUUGGGCUUAUAUGGAACUGGGCAUUAAGAAGUCUUACGUGCUCGAGGUGCAACCUUCGCUUAAUGCUGCAUUUGGCGGACGAGGGUUCCUCCUACCAGCGGAUCAAAUCAUUGCUGUCGGAAAUGAAACCUUUAUAGGUCUAAAAGCUAUGUGGCUUUCCUAAGUCUUAAUAAAACUUGUUUGAAACUCAA